AUGCUGUGCAAAUUCCAUUUUCUACUUGGUAAUUAUCAUCGCAUGAAGUGCAUUCAGUGUCAGAUAUACAAUCAUUACAAUGAGCUGAACAAGCUACACAGGUCGUAUUAUUUAAAUAAUGGCCUAUUUUGCAUUAUGAACAAUUAUUGGAGGAAGUUUCACAUAACAAGCAAGAUGGAUCGCAGUUUUCACAUUUUGAACCAUCAAGAUAAUAUCCAUUUUUGCAAGAUUAACAAUUUGUGUUUCCUGCAUUUGAACAAUUUACACAUGGAUGUUCACACAGCAGGCAACUAGUAUUCUACAAAUAAUAUCCAAGGAUGCAUGAUGAACAACUACAAGUUUAAUCAUAAUCUUAACACAUUUCAUCAACUAAUUUAUUUUAAUAUUUAGUCAUUACCACAACAAUUAUUGUUAAUCAAUUAAUAACCAAGCGAGCAGAGCUAGCAUUUAUUAAUUCCAUUUUUACAAUCAAUACAUCCUUAUGA